GGAUAACGAACUAUUCAUAUUUGGCUUACAGUGUCAAGAAGAUCACCCGAGCAAAUCUCUCAUAAUGGACACAGAAGAUUUAAGCUACAUUGAAUACUGUAUCUUUACUAAAGAAGAACUCGAUAAAAUCCUUAUCUUUGAAAAGAAAAGGCUGCCUUUGCCUCCAUUACAUGUAUUAAAGCAUAUGGACGAGCACAAUCUGAAAAUCAACCGCUGAUAUCCGUUCUGCUUUGAAGAAAAAUCACACUUUUGAAAAUAGCCCAGAUAAAGACAUAGAUUGGGCCAAUUACACAGUGUGCAGUUUAUUACGUGAAUAUGAAAGUGGGAAUAUGGAGAAGCACCAUUCCAAAAUAUGAUACCAAACGCAUACCUGGAGAAUGAUAGAGCAUGUUUUGAUAAGUUUGAGGUUUUGGAAGCAGCCGUUGGUGAGCCAAUGAGUAUCACUAAUCAAAAAGAAAGAACCAGAAGAGGACUAUCGGCGGUAUCGAACCGAUGGCUAGAAGGAGCAUGGACCACAAAUGCGAUUCUGCGUUUAGGACAUAUCAAGUACAACAUAGCAGAGGCUUUGAGUUUGGUGCGACUAAAGCCAGUUAAAUACAGUGAUUCUUCGCGACAUAUAAAAGACGCAUUACACAAGCUACUACAGACCCUGAGAGAUAUACUUGACGACCUGAUUGAAAAUAAGCCAGAACUUUCAGGAUCUUUGCAAACGGUCGGCUUCAUUCACUCUGGCUUAACCAGUAUCAUGUUCUAAG